CAAACUAACCCCUCUGACACACGUACACCACUAACCAAUCAUAAGAGGAGAGAGAAAGAGUAAUCUCUACCAUUGGAUUGAAAAAACAGAGAGAUCCGACGGCCACCCUCAAAUGGCGCACCGAUCAGCCAAACAUAAACAUCAUGUGCACUGGUGUGCCAAAGAAUCUCGGCACACCGAAUCCGUCCCCAAGAAUGUGGCUUCUCCAACUGCCGUCAAUCCCCAAGUUCUCCACCCCAUUCCUCCAUGGCGGCAGAACCCUCUGCUCUGCCCCAACCGCCACUACAUUCCCAGCACCAUCAGCACCGUGUUCCAUGCCUACCAUAAGAGCGAUGAAGUCGAUGCAGGGGAAGGUGGUGUGCGCCACUAACGACAAGACGGUGGCGGUGGAGGUUGUUCGUCUGGCCCCUCACCCGAAGUACAAGAGGCGCGUGAGGAAGAAGAAGAAGUACCAGGCCCACGACCCUGAUAACCAGUUCAAGGUUGGUGACAUCGUUCAGCUUCUCAAGAGCAGGCCCAUCAGUAAGACCAAGGCUUUCGUUGCCGUUUCUGUUCCCAAGAAGGACUCCACCAAUAACUCCGACAUUGGAAUCCCCUUGGAGUCUCAGCAACAGGCUUAGUUACACUCUCUCCCCCCUCAAUUUUAUUUCCUAUUGUUAUGUUCAUGAAAUCAUGUUCACUGUUUAAUUCACUUAUGAAUUGGGGUUUAUUUCUCUGGUUCUCCUAUUAUUCAUGUUUCUCAUCUAUCAA